AUGAAUGACGCAGACGAGGGCGAGGCGGAGGGCGAGGGCGAGACGGAGGAUGAGGGUGUGGCAGACGCAGAGGGCCGGGAUGCGGCAGAGGACGAGGGUGAGGUGGGCGAGGACAUGGGGAGCAGAGGGUGGAACUCACCAAAGAAGAUCGGGACCGCAGGGGCACACCGCGACCCCACAACGACACUCCUGGGUGUCAGGACAGACACGCGCGCAGGCGUGAUCACGCGGCGUGGAUGGAGGAUGGAGGGGGGAGGAGUGGGAGCAGCGAAUGCAGGGGGGCUGGAGAUGAGGACAUGCAAGACGCGCGGGUUCAAAUCUGAACACUGCCCGAUCGAGACAGAUUCCUAUAGAGCCACAGAUCCGCCAGUUUUCGGCCAUCCCGAUCUGGAGCUGCUGGGAGCCGGAGCCACAAAGAGCCGGAGCUGCUUGGCUCAUUAUCCCUGGCUCACGGCUCUGGAUAAUCGGCUCAUGACCCGCCAAGAGGUGGGCUGCAUGGAGGCAGGUGGGAUGCAGCAGGGCAAUGAGGAGGAGGGCAACAUGGAGAUCCACAUGGCUCAGAUCCGCUAG